CAAGCAUUCAAGCAAACCUUCUAUGUCACAAAAUCAAAAUCUCUCACUCCUCACAUCUAAAUCUCACUCACGCUGCGAUCUCAUCACUUAUUCCUUCGCGCAUUUGCUUUGAUCUCGUUGGAUUUCAAUCCCAGUCUCGCUCUUGUUCGAUCUCGAUCUCGCUCGAUCUCGAUUCUCGAUGGAGCCAGCAAGUUCGACUUCACCGUGCAGAAUGACGGUGAUCAAGUCACGCUCAAGACCAAGAUUGUUACUGCCAAGAUCACUGGCACGCUCAUUGACGAAGACCCGCUCGCGAUCUACACCAUUGAUAAGGUUUUACUUCCCAGGGAGCUUUUCAAGGCCCUGGCUCCGUCUCCUUCGCCCGCGCCUGCACCGGAGCCAGCCGCCGCGGACGCUCCUGCAUCCCCGAAGAAAGAGGGAAAGAAGAAGAAGCAGAAGGCAGCCGACGCGCCGGCAGAUGAGGAAUCAGCGCCUGCAGAUUCGCCCAGUGAUGCCGCCGAUGACAGCGCUGACGACGGUAACGGCGCUGUUAGGUUUGACGGCGUCAGAAGUGGUACUACUAGAGAAUGUGGAGCUAAUACUUGAAGCAAUUGAUUAUCUCUAGCUUCCAUUUGCACUAAAGCAAGGUUCUGCUGGGGAUAUGGGUGCCGGAAAAUCCAUCCUCGUUUUGCCGGAAUGGUCCUGCUUGACAGUUUUCAUCUGCUUGAAAUUUGUUCUGCAGAAAUUGGUGGUAUUUCCUCUCAAAUUUCAGAAUUUGUGGCUUUUGAACAAUUAUAUGGGAACUGUUUGGAUAAGAUUGUUAGGCCUGAAAAAGGGAGUUCUGCCAAACAAGGUGAUACCAUUAAAAGUGAAACAAUUAUUAGAUUGCAGCACUUGGGAACAAGAAAAUGGCUUCACAGCCAUAUGCAUGCUUCCCCAAUUUCAAACAAUCUUGAGGUGAGUUGCUAUGGAGACGAUUCUGAAUCGGACAAAGGAGACAAUUGGAAGCUUCUAAUAGAAGGAAGUGGGAAGAAUUGGAAACAAGAUCAGAAGAUUCGGCUUCAACAUUUGAAAACUAGAGGCUAUCUACAUAGUCAUGAUAAAACAUACUCAUCAAGAAUUGUUGGGGGACACCAUGAGGAUGUUUGUUAUUAAUGUGAAUCACAUCCAAAAAAGGAGAAGAGGAAGAAGAGAAAGAAGAGGAGCAGGAGAACCACGGCGGCAGAGGGAGGAUGGCGACGAGACAGCAGCAGCGCCGCCCACGAAUAGCGAGGCAGCAGCAACGGCGCCCGUGGAACGUGAGAUAGUCGCAGUGGCGCAUGGGGAACGCACACGACGGCAUCACUCGUGCGGCAGCAGCUGACAGCGGCAACCUGAAUGACGAUGCUGAGCGAGGCUGGUGGUCGACGCAGCGACAGCGUCAAGAGCUCGGCGACGACAAUGAUAACUGUUGAUGGAGAGAUCAAUGCUGGUAAAGAAGCUGGUGGAAUGCAAAACGGCAGUACUGAAAAGGGAUGGAAGAGAAGCUGGUGCGGCAGCGAGGUGGGGGCAGCAGUGUUCUUCUACAUCUAAACGACUAUCUCCGGCGACGACGGUGGGAUAUGGUUGUGGACCUGAGAAGGAUUGGCGCGGACGUUGGAAUUAUGGUUAUGGUGGGAUUUGGAAUAACCGUACGUAGUGUGAAUGUGUUUAAUUGCUAAUUCUAAUAUUUUAAAUUUUAAAAUUUGAUAAUAAUUAUUUAAUUAAUUAAAAAUUUAAAUUUUAAGUCAAUUUUUUUUUA